AUGGAUGUCUCUCAGCUUUUGUUGUCGAUCAACGCGAUCACUUCCUCUGGCCAAUUGGCAACUGCAGAUCCACAUCAACGGGCGCAACUAUCACGAGCAUGCGAUCAGUUGAAGGGUCUCUGUGAGUCACCUCUGGAGAAGACAAUCCAAUUACUUUUUGCAGGUCACCAAGCGAUGGCGAUUCGUCUAGCUAUAGACUUAAAACUCUUCGACAUUAUUGCUAGUCGUUCUUCAGAGGCAUGCAAUGGUAUUUUUACUUUGCAGCAAGUUUUGGCAGAUGUCAAGGCAGACCAGAAGCUUAUUUUGCGGAUAAUGAAAUUCCUGGUAUCAAUGGGAAUACUCGAGCAGCCCUCUGCUGAUACCUUUAGGUCCACUGCUUUUGCCUCGGCAUAUGUCUCGACUUCUCCAUUGUCAGCUGCAGUAAUUCACUUUACUCAUUUUUUGACUUUCAUUUCCCGACUCCCUGAGUACUUUGGAACUAGAGGCUGGGAAAACCCGGAAAAUAUCGAAGAUUCUCCAUUUAGCUUCGCGCUUGGUACUCAGUCUCGUUAUUUUGACUAUCUGUCUUCGAAACCUUACUACCAGGCUGCUUUCAACACAGUCAUGGCCUCAUCAUAUCGACGUAGUGAAAAGAGCUGGUUUGACUUCUUUCCAGUGGAGAAGAAGCUCAAAAUUGAAAAUCUUUCUGAUGUUCUUCUUGUCGAUGUUGGUGGUUGCCAAGGCGAAGACCUCCAUACCUUCAAAGAGAGAUUCCCCGAUCUACCAGGGCGACUUGUUCUCCAGGACCUUCCCCACGUCAUUGAAGCAGGCAAUAUUCCCAUUGGAAUUGAGGGCCAGGGAUACAAUUUCUUCGAUGAACAGCCCGUUAAGGAGGCUAGGGCAUACUAUCUUCGCAAUGUCCUUCACGAUUGGCCAGAUAAGCAAGUUGUGGAAAUUCUUUCCAGGAUCCGCGAAGCAAUGAACUCCCAGUCUCUCUUACUAGUUGAGGAAAGGGCCAUGCCAGAAAUGAAUGUUCCGUUGAUGGCCGCUGUAGGUGAUAUGAGUAUGAUGGUUUCUUUUGCAGCGGCAGAACGGACCAAAAAAGAAUACGAGUCUCUCUUCAACCAAGCUGGGCUACAGCUUGCUGGUUUCUGGAAACCUGAAGAUGCAUCGGAAAUGCAGCCUGCAGUCUUUGAGGCUACACUUUUCUAA